AUGCUUUCAUUACCAUACCUCAUAUUUUUGAUCAGCUCAUCUGCCACAAUUCUCGUCAACGCCAACUUUACCGACUACACAGUUCUACGGAUCUCAACAACAAAAGAUUCUAUAAAGGACGAUCUACGGAGAUUGGAUGGACUCUUAGGAUAUCGAAUAGACUAUUUACGACAAGUACGAUGCACUGGACGGCCAGCAGAAAUGCUUGUGCUGGAGAAAGAUCUAGGCUUUGUACGCGAAUAUCUUGAUCAAAAUGGUAUCGCUAAUGAACUGCUCACAACAAAUAUGUCUCACGAUCUACGACGAGAGCGUCGAGCGCUGAUAGGACCGGUAGAAGGCGAAAUCACGUACGAGCUCAUACAGAAAAAAUAUCUUUCAUUUGAUGAUCAAAUGGCUUUACUACUUCAACUCGCUAAACGAUUCCCACAACUUGUCGACGUAUGGCAAGUCGCAACAUCCUACGAAGGACGAAGCAUCUAUGCCAUUAAAAUUGGAUAUCCAUCAACUGUAAAGAAACCAAUUCUAUGGAUAGAUGCAGGGAUACAUGCAAGAGAAUGGAUUGCACAUUCAACUGCUCUCAAUAUCAUUUGGCAGUUCGUUCACGAUUUCUCCUAUAAACGAUUGCUACAUGAAAUGGAUAUUAUUGUGGUGCCAAACACAAAUCCUGAUGGAUACGAAUAUAGUCGAGAGACGAAUAGAAUGUGGAGAAAGACAAGAUCACGGUCAACAGCUAGUCGAUUCAGCGAGCAAUGUAGCGGUGUGGAUGCGAACAGAAAUUAUCCAUUCCAUUUUGGAGAAGAAGGAGUGAGCCAUUGGCCUUGCCAAGAGAUUUAUUGCGGUCGUGUAGCGUUAAGUGAGCCUGAGGUGAUGGGAUUAGCGGCAGCGAUCCUGGAGAAAAAAGAUCAAAUUCGAGGAUACAUAGCACUACAUUCAUUUGGUCAAGAUAUCCUGUACCCAUGGGGACAUAAGGUGCACGUCUACCCUCCGGAUGUUGAAGACCUGAAGUCGAUGGCAAAGGGAAUUGCCGCGGCCAUCCAAUCUGUCUAUGGGACCCGCUAUCUCGUUUCCAACAGCGCUGACGGUCUCUAUCCAGCAUCAGGAGCUGCCGACGAUUGGGCAAAGAGCAUCGGUAUAAAAUACUCAUUCACAUUCGAAUUAUCUCCAACUCAAUUAGAGUUAGUCCCCGGAUUUCUUCUGCCAGAAUCACAUAUUUCCCGAGUUGGACGAGAAACUAUGGAAGGUGUGGCUUAUAUGGCGAAUCGUUUACGAGCUGAAGAAGCCGGACGACUUCUCAACGACAUCAUCUCGUCCAGACCGAUAAAGAGGCGGACACAAGCAACGAGGGGCGGGUUUGCAUACGCAUCACAACGGCAUAUAUAA